CUCCCUUGCCAGGCUCUGAUGAGGUUCCAGGCCGACUAUGGUGUGGAAACUGCUUUGUGAAACGCGUCUCGCUGCAGAGCGGAGUAACAGGCAUAUCCGAGGGAGGGACAAGGCAACUGCGCCGGGCCUAGGGUCCAGGGUCGAGGGUCAGGGUCGGUCGGCAGGCUUCCCAAGUGGGUGCUGGCGCCCUCCUGCCAAGACCACAGGAGCCCGCCUCUAUGGGUGGGUCCGAGGCAUCAAAAGCCAGUCAGCGGGAGGGGGCGGGCCUUCGCCGCACGUCCUCACCUUCAGACGAGUGGGCGUGGCCUUAGCAUCUAAGCCAAUGAGAGUGAGGAGGCCGGGCCUGAAUGGGAGCAGGAAAUGGCGACGGCCGCGGAGUCCCUGCCCGCCUGCCGCCAUGCUGCCCCUGCGCCUGUGCCGGCUGUGGCCCCGCAACCCUCCCACCCGGUCCUUCGCUGCGGCCGCCGGGCAGCGGUCUGGCCCCAGUAACUACUAUGAACUGUUGGGGGUGCAUCCUGGUGCCAGUGCUGAAGAAGUUAAACGAGCUUUCUUCUCCAAGUCCAAAGAGCUGCACCCUGACCGGGACCCCGGGAACCCAGCCCUGCACAGCCGCUUUGUGGAGCUGAGUGAAGCGUACCAAGUGCUCAGCCGUGAGGAGAGCCGCCGUAGCUAUGACCACCAGCUUCGUUCAGCGACUUCCCCAAAGUCUCCAGGAACCGCAGCCUAUCCCAGGUCUGCUCAUCGGGCGCACAGCUCCUGGGAGGACCCCAGUGCACGAUACUGGGCCCAGUUUCCUGGUGUCAGGCCUCAGGGACCAGAGUCAAGGCGGCAGCAGCAGAAACACAACCAGCGAACGCUGGGGUACUGCCUCUUGAUCAUGCUGGCAGGCAUGUGCCUGCACUAUGUUGCCUUCAGGAAGCUGGAGCAGGUGCACCGUAGCUUCAUGGAUGAAAAGGAUCGGAUCAUCACAGCCAUCUACAAUGACACUCGGGCCCGGGCCAGGGCCAAAAGAGCCAGGCUCCAGCAGGAGCAACAGCAGAGGCAGCUGCUGCAGCCAACACCUGGCCCUCCUGAAGGCCCAGGGAUCGUGCCCCCCAGCCCCUGAGCAGCUCACCUGGAUGGGGCCCGGGGUGUGCUCCCUCUGUGCUUCCCUCCUGGUACGUCCCACUCCCAGAAACGCGGGCAAUAAAGUGGUUCUCAGA